CUGUGACGUCAACUCUUUCCGGUUCACUAGCUACAAUGUUGCCACUUCAUGUCGCCGAUUUAUCUAAAAAGAAACGAUCACUUUUUUCGAGUGGAUAUCACAAGAUUGCCGGUUGGCUACGAUUUAUUUUAGCUGACAAAACGUCAAGAAACAUAUUUAUGUUCCUGCUGAUCAACCUGUCGUUUGCCUUCGUCGAGCUGUUUUAUGGCAUUUGGUCCAACUGUCUUGGCCUCAUAUCUGAUUCCUUUCACAUGUUCUUUGACUGCACUGCGUUGCUGGCUGGUCUUAUUGCGACGAUUAUUUCUAAGUGGAGACCGAAUGACAGAUUUUCAUUUGGUUAUGUGAGAAUCGAAGUCAUGGCCGGAUUUGUCAAUGGCCUUUUCCUCCUCUUCAUUGCCUUUUUCAUUUUUUCAGAAGCUGUAGAGCGAUUUUUUGAGCCUCCAGAAGUCAGACACGAACGACUCCUUUUCAUCUCUGUCGGCGGUUUCCUUGUCAACAUGAUUGGAGUGUUUGUAUUUCAUCAUGGUCAUGCACACUCUCAUGGAGGGCAUGGUCAUUCUCAUGGUGGCGAUAUGGCUCACACAAAACACGAGAAACACGGCAGGAAUCACGUGUUUGGUUACGGGAAGUCACAUGAUCACGGUGGCCACUCACAUGGUCACUCACAUGAUCACUCACACGGUCAUUCACAUGAUCAUGGACAUGAUGAGCACAGCCAUUCGAGUAGUCACGGACAUGUGCAUUCUGGCAGCCAUGAGGAGGAACAUUCACAUAAUCACAGUCAUGGUCAUGAUCACAGUGAUGGUCACUCACAUGGACAUCAUCAUGGAGCAGGUAUUGACACGAUAGACACGACGUCUAGUGUGGCACAAGAAGCUGCUCGAGAGGGUGGGAAAUAUCAGAUAUUACAAGGUGUUUUCCUGCAUGUUUUAGCUGACACUUUAGGAUCUGUAGGUGUGAUGAUCUCAUCGUUUCUUAUUGAUCGAUUUGGUUGUAUGGUUGCUGAUCCUAUUUGUUCGAUGGUUAUAUCUGCUCUCAUUUUCGUGAGUGUCUUCCCAUUGAUUCGGUCAUCAACAUUUAUUCUCAUGCAAAGGUCACCUGAGGAGCUUGACAACCAUUUACCAGCUUGUUAUGAAGAGGUGACUCAGUUGCAUGGCGUGUAUAGCAUACAGGAGCCACAUUUCUGGACGCUUUGCAGUGAAUUUCAUGUUGGUGCUUUGAGGGUGGUGAUAGCACCUAAUGCUGAUGCAGAGAAAAUCCUGCAUUACGUCAGAUCGAUAUUUACAAGGGCCGGAGUGACUCAAGUGACUGUUCAAAUUGAACGAUCGCAGCUAUGAGAGGAGACUUAACCAACAACCGAGUCGAUCUUAAUCGACGACCAGUCAUAACAACACACAUAGUGUGUGUCCCAGAAAACAUUAAAA